AUGCGUUUCCUCGCUACCGUCGCCGCCCUCACCGGCACUCUCGUCGCGGCUCUCCCGAGCCCUCUCGAUGAGAUUCGCACCCGGGAGCUUGUCGAGUCUCACCGCCAGACCAUGGAGACCCUUGAGGCUCGUGGCUGGAAGUCGGGUGCUGGUGCGACUGCCAACGAACUGCUCGAUGGCGGCCCGUGCCCCAAGGUCAUCUUCAUCUACGCCCGCGGUUCCACCGAGGGUGGUAACCUUGUGAGUUUUGGAUCUCUCGGCAGCCCAACUGGUGUCGCUCUCGACGCUGCCUUUGGCGAGGCCAACGUCUGGGUCCAGGGUGUUGGCGGUGCUUACUCCGCCGGCCUCCUCGACAACCUCCUCCCCGAGGGCACUACCACCGCCGCCAUUAACGAGAUGAAGAGCCUCCUCAUCCGUGCCAACUCGCUCUGCCCCCAGGCCAAGAUCGUCGCCGGUGGCUACAGCCAGGGUGCCGCCCUCGCCGGUGCCGCCAUCUCCCAGAGCAGCGCCGCCAUCCGCGAGCAGAUCAAGGGUGUUGUCCUCUACGGCUGGACCAAGAACAAGCAGAACAACGGCAAGAUCCCCAACUACCCUGCCGACCGUCUCAGGGUGUACUGCGAGAGCGGCGACUUGGUUUGCAACGGCUCGCUCAUUGUUCUGCCUGCCCAUGGCACCUAUGCUGAUGAGGCUGCUGAUGAGGCGCCCAAGUUCCUGAUCUCCAGGAUCAAUGCCAGCUAG